AUGAAGUUACUUGGGUGGAUGCAUAGAAAAUUUCGCCAGAAUAGCCCUGAACCGUUCAAAGACUUGGUCAUCGGGCAGGCAGCACUUGAUGAUGAACACAACUAUCCCAAACCAAGCUUUGGGACCAAACAUGUGAAACUAACUCAGAAAGAGCAAAACCUGAGGAAAUCUUUCGCUGGUCUAGAAGAUGAAGACUAUGAGGAUGAAUCCUCGGGUGCCAUGUAUGAGCUCUUCCAUGGCUUCCUAGCAAUAGGAACUCUUGGUUCGGAGCAAGUUGUAAUUGACCCAUCGACAACACCAACAUUUGCCAUCUCUGUGGAGAACAUAACUGAAAAGGAAGAUGAAGUGACUGAGAAUGAACUGAAGCUGAUAAACGAUGAGCUAGAGAAGGUUCUAGGAGCUGAAACAAAGGAUGACGAUUCGUGUGGCAGAAACAGCCAUGUUAGCAAUGGGAGAAGCAGUCAUGGAAGCAUAAUAACUCUGAGUGGAAAGACAAUGGAAGGCACAGAAUCAAAUGGGAAUGUGAAUGGAAGUGCAAUUUGUCCCCUUCAGGGAUACCUCUUUGGAUCAGCAAUUGAACUGUCAGAAACAACAACAGUGGCAAAGAAGGAGCACAGAACAUCACUUGGAGAGCUUUUCCAGAGAAGCAAAUUGGCAGAAGAGAAUUUUGGAUCAAAAUUUGAAAAGGAUGAUAAGAGAACUGAGAGGGAAGCUGAUAAAUCUGCCAUGCAUCUUAUGAAAAAGAAACUCAAAAAAAGAAUGCUUCAUACUUCUUCCCGAAGCUCCACAUCAACAAGUGGUGGACCUGUUGAUUCUGCUUCUGCAGAGAGAAAAUUGCAUAAGAUUCUCCAUAUGUUUCACAGGAAAGUUCACCCUGAAAAUACAACAGUUGCGCAGAAGUCUGAUAAAUACCAAAAGAAUGAGAACAAGAAGAAAGCAAUCAAUGACGGAGGGCACAACAAAAACGACGUGGUGCAUUCAGAGGAAGAUAUAAUGAUAAAUCACAAAACCGCAUUUCCCAAGGAAAACAUGCGACAGUAUAAGAGCCAAACAAAUCCCCUUCAGUUCACACUUGGCAGUGAAGAUUCAUCUGAGAAUAAGGAGCACUGGAUCAAAACAGAUGCAGAUUGUAAGCAUAAACUCCUAUUGAUUAUUGAAGAAUUUCACAUCGACUUCAUAGUCAGUCCCUCACGUAUUCCUUUUCUUGUUUCAUUGGCAGAUUUAGUCUUGGAGCUCUAA